AUGGAAAUGGAUGCCGCCUUCACCUCGAGUCUCGCGAAGAUACUAAAAGAGCUGGAGGCUACUGGAAACUAUCUUACACAGGUACUACUAGUACUAGAAGGGCAAGAACAGAGUCAGGUGGAGGUGACCACUAAGGAUGUGACGGUAAGCUUAGGAAAGCGCUACUUUUGCGUUAUCUCUAGAACUUUUCGUCAUCGUUUUGCCGUUGAGGUUUUGGUCAUGGUUUUGAAGACACAUCAGCCCCUAAGGAAUUUUUGUUUUUGGUCACGACUUUGAAGCGUCCUAAGUACAUUUUUUCGUGCAUCAUCAUCAGCAUCCUGCGGAAGUUGCGACGUUGCUUGGCUCUCAAUGGCAAAGACUGGACCCAAUGUUUCACUUACAAGCGUAUCAUUGCUAUCCCACAACGCAAGGAGAAGAGCGAGGUCAUGAUCUUGUUCAAGAAGAUAUAGACGGACUAGGAGGCGAAGAAGGAGAGGACGCAUUUUAUCAUUAAGGGUAGGCUAAUAUUAAAGUAGGUGUUCCACCUGCUAUGGCCAUAGCGUUCGUUUUGCCUUUCUGUCCGAAGGGGAAAGGCAUAGCGAACGGGGUAAAGCACGAACACCAAGAGCGUACCUCUAAUAUCAUCGAGUACACCGCUGGCGCCUGCUCCUGUCUGGAGUGUAUAAAUGUGUGAACAAUGUGGAUUACCGUUUGAAAGACUUGCCUCGCAACCUAUUGUUAAGGCCUAAAAAAGAAGACCAAAAAAGACGAGUACCUACUUUGAAGACUAUUUACUUUUUCUUUUUAAAAGAACCUGACUUCUCCACGUGAGAGGUCAGGACUUCUCCACGUGAGAGGUCAGGACUUCUCCACGUGCUACGGCGCUGGCAGUCGUGCCUGGCCGUCGAGUCUAGGGCUGUGCUGAGUCUGGUACUGGCUCGAGCACUAUUUCAACGGGUGGAUCUGUUCUUGUUCACGGGACAGGUUAACGGGACAGGCCUCUAAUAUGGAAACAGCUCACGGAUAAGCAGAGUCCGUCAGCUAUAGCGGGACACGAGCACUUUUCCUAUCGAAAAGGACGCACUUUUGUGGCAGACAAAACCGUAGAUGGCGAACUACAGAUGCGAGUGUCACCGCCACUUGCUGACGACACACCAAAGGUUCUCUUUCACAUACGCAGCAAAGUAGAGAUGGAAGGCAAUCAAGAAGAACUUCAUCAACAGCACAACAUCAAGAAGAUUCAGAUGACUUCUCAGUCCUGUAGUAGUAGUUGUAACGUCCUUUGCCUGAGUGAUUUCCUGCGAGCUGGCAUGAGUGUAUCCGACUUGCGAAACUGCUGUGAACCCCGUCUGGACCAGAGUCAUUUGUAUCAAGUGAUGGAUUCCCAGAGUACUGCAGCAGGAGCAUCAUCUUCAUCAACUUCAAUCACAUCAACUCCACCCACUCCGUCUCUGGUGGAAGCUGCCAAGUUUUUCGAGACUCCGUCUGUGGUGGAGAGAGCUGAGUCCUCUGUGGUAGAGGAGAGCCCACGUCGUGAAGAAGGCUUCUUCGAUGAUUCUCUGGCGAGUGUCUUUCGAGACGCCAAGGGGCAAAGCUAUGACGGGGUACAGGUUCUCACCUACGAAAACGAAGAAGUUCACCUCAGCGCGAAUCGGACGCUUGGAAGGCUCG